CUUGGUUGGGGUCUGCAUACUCCAAAAGACCUGAAGCAGAGAAGAUUGUUUGCAUUGUUUUUGAUGAAGGGUUCACCAAAAGUGGAGAGGAGUUGACUGCGGUAAGUAACAAACACAAAAGUAAAGUUUAUACAAUCUUGUCUAUUUGCUGAUUUUAUUUUUUAGGGGUUGAUUUUGUACUAAUUUAAAAUUUGUUUUAAUUUUUUUAGGUGACAGAACCUUUGGUAAGGGUUCUUCGUAUGGUGGAUGGAGAGGGCAUGCCAGUGGGUUUCAUUUAUGAGGCCAUGGAUAGGGCCAAAGAGGCCAUUUCACAUUACUAUCGUGGAAAUACAAGAAAAUGUGAAAUCUUUUGGCGCAUCAUUGAUCGUAGGUGGACAAACCAACUCCACCAACCGAUACAUGCCUUCGCCUACUUUUUGAACCCGAAAUUCUACUUCUCUGAUUCAUUUAGGGCUGAUGAGGAGGUCAUGGCAGGUGUUAUUACAUGCAUUGAUAAGAUGGCACCUGAUCCUGAGUUGAGAGACAAGGUUCUUGAUGAGUUGGAGAUCUACAAAAGUGCAGAGGGGAGACUCUUCUCAUCACAACUAGCAAUUGAUAGGAGAGGAAAACAACAACUAGAUUUAUGGUGGGAGAAUUAUGGUGCCGACACGCCUAAUCUUCAAAAGAUAGCUAUCCGUGUUUUGUCUUAGCCAUGCAGUGCUUCUGGGUGUGAACGAAAUUGGAGUGUCUUUGAGAGCAUUCACACAAAGAAGAGAAAUAGAUUGUCACAAAAGCGGCUCAAUGAUCUAGUAUUUGUUCGGUACAACCUUCGCCUUCGAGUUAGACAGGUGGAGGGUGUUUCACAUGAGGCCAUUGACUUGGAUGAAAUUGAUCCAUAUGGUGAUUGGACCAUGAAUGAACAAAAUGAUGGUGAUGAUGUCUUCCUUACCGAAGAAGAAAUUGCAGAAAUAGAGAGAGGAGCAGCACAAGAUGCAGAAGGAGCAAGAUUGGAUGAAAUGGAGGAUGAAGAUGAGGACGAAGAUGAGGAUGAUGAUGAGGACUUUGACUUUGAAUAAGAGUCAUUUCACCAUUUAGAUACCACAACACCCACUGCUACUACUUCUAGCUCAAGGCUUGAAAAAUUGAGCUAUAUUAGGAAAAAUACAAAGAGGAAGAUGUAGUCUUCUCUUUGGUUUGUUCAUUCACAUUGUUGUUUUUCACAUUUGGAGUUGG